UCUGCAGCCCCUGGCAGGGAGCAGCUGGACAGGUGUCACCGGCCAGUCUGGGACGGGCUGCCAUUGCCAUGGUCCGCUCAACUGAACAGGACCAGAUCACUUCCAGCUCCAUGCUACCACUUUGCUUGGUUUCCCCAGUUUUAAUUUCCUUCUCAUUCAGUUAGUUUCAAAUCAAUUUUCAUAAAAAGUUUAUUCAUUCAUUCGGCUGUUGAGAACGGUCUUUGCCCAAGCCUCCUCGCUUCCUGCAGCAUCCGGCACCACAUAGCGCUGUAAAUGGGGAGGCGUGAAGAGUAGGGAAAGGGAGUUCUGCUUACAUGUUUAAGCAGUAGCACUCAGAGCUGGAUCAGAGGUGCCUAGCAGACUCUGGGCCAGGGAGCAAACAAGCAGCCUAGCAGUCAUAUAGUAGAGUCUUUUCCAUGCAAACCGUAGAGCUUUGUUUGCACAGUUUGUAGAAUUUGAGCUUUUAUUUGAAAAUCAUUGCUUAGUUACUCAGGCAAUUGAUUUGUUUCUAGGAUCAAAAAGCUGCCCCUAGCCUAGAAAAAAUAAUUUCAUCCCUGAAAGUUUUUGCACACAAGGAUGUAUCUUAGAUUAAGUCAUAUCAAUAAUAACUUGCUCACAUGCAGGAGAAAAGGUGGAGGUCUGAACCAAGCUCUGUUAAAUCAAUGGAAAGACUCCUGCUGGUUUCAAGACAAAGCACAGAUCAGUCUCUCCUGGCUGAGUAGAUUAGUUCUCCCUAAUGAGUCUUGACAGUCCCGAAGGCUCUGUAGGUAACUAUAUAUAGCCAGCAAUGUUUAUACAACGUAGGUAGGAUAGACAGGCAUGGGGCAUAUACAGAAGAUUAAUAUCAAGUAAGUCCCUAAGGUAGAAGCAUCACAGCACAAGUCAUUAUCAACAGCAGGGAGAGGGGCCACGCUUGUCAGCUGAUGUAUAGCGAUCAGAAAGCACCACCAGGCACAAAAUUUACAGCGAGAUAUUUUUGGAAAUUAUCACCAUGCAGUUCUUGGUGCACAAGCUUAUGAGUUUGAUGGGCUGCUUCUAUGUUCUGACACUGGAAAUAACUGGUGAAAGCAACUCGUGAGCACCUGGAGGUAUAGACUGAGCUUGCAGAUGUCUCCCCAGAAUGUCUCGCUUUCAGACUCACUGCACAUAGCAAUUUUGGCUUCCAUACUUUGUCUUGUCAUUUACUGGCUCAUCAGAGACAGUCAAAGAGUGAGAAACCUGAGUGGAAAGCAUGUCUUCAUAACAAGCUGUGACACUGGACUUGGAAACUCACUGGCUAAAUGGCUUGACAAAAGGGGAUUUUGUGUCAUUGCUGCAUGUGCCACAGAAAAAGGAAGAAUAGAGCUACAGUCCUGCUCCUCACUCUCACUGAAGACAGUGAACCUGAACUUAGCUGACUCCAACAGCAUUGCCAGGGCUGUGGUGUUCGUGACCGAAGAGACAGCUGGCAAGGGGCUUUUUGGCUUGGUGAGCAACACUGAAGAAACAGCACCUACAGCACCCACUGACUGGCUGAGGAUUGAAGACUUCCACUCAGUGCUGGAUGUUAGUCUGCUGGGAUUGAUUGAAAUCACACUCAAGCUUCUGCCACUUCUGAAAAAAGCUGAGGGAAGAGUAGUCAAUCUAAUUAACACCAAAGGCCUCAUGGCUUUUGUAGGGGGUGGCUACACACUGUCCAAAUGGGGCAUGGAAGCUUUCUCUGACGCGUUACGGAUAGAGAUGCAGCAUUUUGGAGUGAAAGUAAGCAUUGUUGAGCAUGGUUUCUUUAAGGCAGGAGUAGUUAAUUCAGAUGUCAUCGAGAAAUACCUCUUAAGACUUUGGAACAGACUGACUCCUGAGAUCAGGGACUCCUACGGAGAAAAAUACUUUGUUGAAUAUAUAAAAGCUCAAAGAUCAUCAGUGAAAAGACUGUGUGACUCUGAUAUUUCUAAGGUCAUAAAAUGCAUGGAACAUGCCCUGAUAGCAAAGUACCCCAGGACACGAUACAGAGCUGGAUGGGAUGCAAAGUUCUUUUGGCUAUUUCUCUCCUAUGCCCCAAGCUGUUUAUCUGACAUGCUGCUGCGUAUGAUGUUUCCAGCUCCAGCAGCUAGUGGAAGAUCAGUUCCUGGAGUUCUAAUUAACAUUUAGUAUUACACCAGUAUCAGCUCUGCAGAAAUAAAUAUUAAUCCUGUCAAAACCAGA